UUCCGAGGCACCCAGACUCCAGUACCACAAACAGGCCUGCCCAGCUGGGCGGCCACCCAGACAACCCCCCUGCACUGCCUCAGUCCAAAUAAAGCCACCCCCACCUCAGUCCAAAUAAAGCCACAAAGCCCUGCCCUAAUGCUGACAGUGUGGGAGGAGGGGCCAUUUCCUGCCCAGGCCCCACCCCGACCAAGAGCACUUUGCUAGGGAUGCUGAGGUGGCUCUGCUGCCUGGCCCUGGCCCUCCGAGGCCCGCCCCCAUACUGGGUGGGGUGACCCCCUACAAAAGCUCAGAGUUGUCAGCAGCCGCUUCCUCCAAGAGUCUGGUGCAGCUGGAACACAGUUAAGGAACAAAGAAUCUUGCUGAUUCUUGUCUAGGCGCUCACCCUGGGGUCAGGAAGUUUGGAGAAUGAGGCCCUUCAGCCCUGAGGUUUGCAGGAACAGCGGACAGACUGGUGGGUGGAUAUACAGGCGAGCUGGGCCAGCCAGUCCUUGAUCACUGAGCAUUCCCCCUCCAACGACUGGCUGGGAUUCCCGGAAGAAGAGACAGAAAAGGCACCCCCAUUAGUCAGGUUUCCCUAGACCUACCCUGUGCCAUGGCAGCCCACCUGCUUCCUGUCUGCGCCCUCUUCCUGACUUUGCUCGGCAUGACCCAAGGCUCCGGAGGCCCUGUGGUACCCGACCAGCCCUUCACCACCGUCUGGAAUGCAAACACCCAGUGGUGCCUGGAGAGGCACGGCGUGGACGUGGAUGUCAGUGUCUUUGAUGUGGUGGCCAACCCCGGGCAGACCUUCCUUGGCCCUAACAUGAUCAUUUUCUACAGCUCCCAGCUGGGCACCUACCCCUACUAUACAUCUGCUGGGGAGCCUGUGUUUGGCGGCCUGCCCCAGAAUGCCAGCUUGGAUGCCCACCUGGCCCACACAUUCCAGGACGUCCUGGCUGCCAUGCCUGUGUCCGACUUCUCAGGGCUGGCAGUCAUUGACUGGGAGGCAUGGCGCCCACGCUGGGCCUUCAACUGGGACACCAAGGAUAUUUAUCGGCAGCGCUCACGGGAACUGGUAGAGGGGCAGCACCCUGACUGGCCAGCUCCUUGGGUGGAAACAGCAGCCCAGGAACAGUUCCAGAGGGCUGCACAGGACUGGAUGGUAGCCACCCUCAAGCUGGGACAGGCACUGCGACCUCGUGGCCUCUGGGGCUUCUAUGGCUUCCCUGACUGCUAUAAUUAUGACUUUCUAAGCCCUAGCUACACAGGAGAGUGCCCACCAGGUAUCCGUGCCCAGAACGACCAGCUGGGGUGGCUGUGGGGCCAGAGCCGUGCCCUCUACCCUAGCAUCUACAUGCCCUCAGCGCUGGAGGGCACGGGGAAGGCACAGAUGUAUGUGCGGCACCGUGUGGGUGAGGCAUUCCGUGUGGCUGUAGAUGCUGGGGACCCCAGUCUGCCGGUGUUACCCUACGUCCAAAUCUUCUAUGACAUGACAAGCCGUUUUCUGUCCCUGGAUGACCUGGAGCACAGCCUGGGGGAGAGUGCAGCCCAGGGGGCAGCAGGAGUGGUGCUCUGGGUGAGCUGGGAGAACACCAAAACCAAGGAAUCAUGCCAGGCCAUCAAGGAGUAUGUGGACACCACGCUGGGGCCCUUCAUCCUGAACGUGACCAGUGGGGCUCGUCUGUGCAGUCAAGCCCUGUGCUCCGGCCAUGGCCGCUGUGCCCGGCGCCUCAGCCACUCUGACGCCCUCUUCACCCUCAACCCCGCCAGUUUCUCCAUCGAGUCCACACCUGGUGGUGGGCCCCUGACCCUGCGAGGUGCCCUCUCACUUGAGGAUCGGGUGCGGAUGGCUGUAGAGUUCAAAUGUCACUGCUACCCUGGCUGGAGGGGAGCAUGGUGUGAGCAGCAGGGCACCUGGUGAUCGGCCACACACCGGGACACACAGAGUACCACUUAAUGCACUCUGGGCCCGGCCAAGGCUUUUUCGAAUACAGGCAGUUACAUGAGUCGUGGUCACAGUCAGCAGUACACUCAGCCACUGUCAUGAGCAUAUACCUGCGCAUGCACACAUGCUUACAGACCGGGAUAGUUCCAUAAGGAGUUCGAGACUCAGGCACCCACCAGCAGUCAAAAAAUCUCUUCCAGAGACACUGAGCCAGUCUUUAAACUGCAGCAAUCACAAAAACUGACAUUCACGGAGCGCCUACUCUUCUCCAAGUCCUGUGCUAAGCAUUUUAAGUAGGCUAACUCAUUCAUUCCUAACAAGACGCUAUGAGGAAACUGAGGCACAAUGGGAGAGAAAGCCCUCUGCCCAAGGUUGCACAGCGAGAAAAUAGGGAAGCUGAGAUUCGAACCCAUGCUCUUUGGCUAUAGAGGUAGAGCCCUUUGACUCUUACUAUGUGUUGAUGGUAAACAGCCCUGCACGCAACUUGAAUCCGUUCAGAGGCACCAGCCCCGAAAAUAAAGCAAAUGAUGAUUCUUGCAUCAAA